AUGUUGAGAAGGAUGAAAAUCUACAACAUAACUCGGGAAUCUCAAGUCCUUUUGCAUUCAAACAGGAGCAGAUUAAGGAGGGAUGAGUCUAGCGACAGCGACUCGACGGACGGGUCGACGGGCCCCUCCUUCCCCGUUACUGAACCUAGAGGUCCUUGUGAGUCUAAAACAGAAGGGCUUUGUGACAUUUGUCCAGCUACAACUAGACUUGGACCUGAUAAGAGACCCGAGUUUAUGAACGUGAUGGUGUGUAGAGGACAGCAGUCCUGUGGACAAGGUUCCGUGAGAGGCGAGUGCAUAAAAAUUCUGCCGUGA